CCGGACAGUUGAUUGUGCUGCACAGGGAAAUGCGCAUGGACGACAUUGAGGUCUUCUGAGAGGUGCAAUCAUGUAUAAAAGAUUAUUAAAUGUAUAUCGGGUCCGAAAUGGAUUAAUUCAUACGCAGAAUACACGACUACCAUCCACAAAAUUUAAAGAGAACGAGCGUUUUGCCCCUGUUAUCUGGGCCAUGGGUAGAGCAAGGCCAUUGGGAACCAGUAGCAUCUUUUUCAGUGAAAAUAAAGAGAGCUCAACAUCACUGUCAGAAGACAAUGAAAAGAGACCAGAAGAGAAUGAGGCCAAUACUGAGGUCAACAAUGAUGGACAGAAGAGCACAAAAAUGAAUGAAGGCAAUAACAUCUCAAAUGCGAUGUUGACAUCACAGUUAGAGACUGAACCUGUGGUUAAACCUGAGGACAGCAAAAAGUUUGACAAGGCAACAACUGGGAAGGAGAGUCUUUUGGAGCUGCUGGGGGCAAUGAAGGUGGAGGUCACAACCAAACGUAAAAUAAGACCCCCCAAAACUCCAAGAACCAGUGGGAGGCCUGACCCAAAACCCAUGGAAAGCGUACAAAGCAUGUUCCAGCAUGCAACAGCUGAGGUUUCACAACAACGUGAGACUUUGAAUCCAACACUGGUUGCUGCAGCCUCUGCCGCUGCAUCUACACUGCCGAACAGCCGCCAGGCGGAGUCAGAGCUCCUUCAGCAGCUGAGGAAACAUGAAGCCAUACCUGACACCCAGAGGAGAGCCGAUGGACAGAACAUCGGAGACAUAAUUGCUGAUAUGAAAGUUGGAAAAAGGCAGAAUGGCAGAUCAAAUGCCAGGCCUAGCAGCCAGAUUCGUUUUGACGAUGACGGACAGGGAUAUACUCAGGACAGAGGUAUUACUAGUGAACUUGAUGCAAUUCGCACAAGGAAGAGUCCUUUCACUAGUAAGAGGCUAAACAUCUUUAAUGCAGUUGCGGAGCAAGACUCAUUGUCAGAUGUGGGCCCCACCAUUUGGGACAUUAAUCUAGCUAAUAAAAUUGUCCAAGCUACAAAUCAGAUGCCUCGGAAUGGCUUUGAGGAGAUGAUCCAGUGGACCAAAGAGGGCAAACUUUGGCAAUAUCCAAUAAACAACGAGGCUGGGCUGGAGGAUGAGGCUAGUGUGCCCUUCCAUGAGCAUGUGUUUUUGGAGAAGCACCUUGAGGGAUCGUUCCCCCGCCAGGGUCCAGUCAGGCACUUCAUGGAGCUUGUAAUUACAGGCCUUGCGAAGAAUCACCACCUCACGGUUCAACAGAAACAGGAGCAUAUCGCCUGGUUCAGAGACUACUUCCAACAGAAAGACGAUGUCCUGAAAGAAGCUGAAGCUUAACUUAAAUGAGAAUUGGAAAAUUACAGAUGAUGCUUUUUCACCAGUACUGAAUGCCCUAGAACCAGCUAGUUAAGAUCCUAACUGCACUAAUAAAACUGAAAACACAGUCAUUAAGCAACUGGAAUGAAUAAUUGCAUCCAUAACCAGAUUAAAAGACUGUAUCAUGGCUGUUGGUUCUUUAUGGUUCGCUGUGCUAUUAUAUACAAUUUACAGAGACAUAUUAAAGCUGUUUUACAAUAAGUA